CCUCCUAUCAAGCAUAGCAUUUCGGUCGCCGAAGGCAGGACUGAGACCUGCGAGGUGAAGGGAAGUUAGCGAGGCCCUCGACCGGAGAAAGUCCCAUUCAGAGCUCAAAACACCUACCACCCGCAUUCCCUUGGUGACGACGUUCCCGACGACCAUUGUGCUUUUGUAUUCUUCUAUUCGGGUGAACGACAAUCUCCGCAGCUCAACGGCGCUGUGCAAACCUGGCAAACCGGUCCGAGUGAAGCCGAAGUCGACCCCAGGCGCGUGGUUCUGAUGAACUUUCGAACUUCAACUUCAACUUGAACUCUCGCUCCUUCUCCUUUCCCUCCCGUGUCCCCGUCGACUCCCCCUGUACCCAAAGAGGAUGACUGACUUUGUAUCAGGAAGGCCCCGCAUCCACCUCCCCUCGCUGGAGGAGGACGAGCGGGUGGUCCGGGGCGGCGGCUCCAAUGGGGCGACAAAGGGAGGCCUUACUCUCGACGAUCUAGAGGAUGAAUUCGAGCCAGCGGACACAACGUCGAGGGCGCAAGCCGACCAUCAAGCCAUUUUGGAAGACUUCGAAAAGAAGCGGUUGGCCAGGAACCUCGCUGUGCCGACGGACGAUGGACGGGUGCGGGCCAGGUUACGGGAAGAGGGCGAGCCUAUAACGCUCUUUGGCGAAGGGCCAGCAGAGCGACGAGACCGUCUCCGAUCAAUUCUGGCGCAGAAGCUACAUGACCAGCCGAUGAUGGAUGUGGAUGAGAGCGAGGACGAGAGCGAUGAUGAGGAGAAGGCGGAGGCGGAGGAAGAGUUUUAUACUUAUGGGCCCGAUGAGCUGUUGGAAGCUAGGAAAGAUAUUUCCACUUACUCCAUAUCAAGAGCGAAACAUAGACUGGACUGUCACCGCGCCGAACUGGAGCUACCAUAUCCGCAACGGAAAAAGAUGCGACACGAAUUUUAUACCAACAUCAAAACAUUCGAAACACGCUCGCUACAGUACGGAGACGAGCGGCCAUUGUCUAGCUGCUCCUUUUCGCCAAACUCCCGAUUACUAGCAACAGCAUCGUGGGGUGGGUUGGUCAAACUGUGGAGUGUACCAGAAUGCACCCACCUACAUACCCUGAAAGGGCAUCGCGAUCGAGUCAGUGGGCUCGCGUUCCACCCUGGGUCAACCCUCUCGCAAUCGCCCGAAGCCCUCAACCUUGUAACGGGCGGGUCGGACGGCACCGUGCAUCUGUGGAACUUCAACAGCGAAGCCCCGAUAGGCUCCCUUGAGGGCCACGAGCAGCGUGUGACCCGUGUAGCAUUCCACCCGUCAGGCCGAUACAUCGGCACAGCUUCCACCGACACCUCCUGGCGGCUCUGGGACGCCCAGACAUCCCAGGAGCUUCUCCUCCAAGAAGGCCACUCCCGCGAGCUCUUCGCCAUCGGCUUCCAAGUCGACGGAUCAUUAGCCGCAACGGGCGGCAUGGACGCCAUCGGGCGCGUAUGGGACCUGCGAACCGGGAAGUCAAUCAUGGUGCUGCAGGGCCACGUCAAACACAUCCUGUGUCUCGACUGGAGUCCGAACGGGUACCAGCUGGCGACUGGCAGCGAGGACAACUCGAUACGCGUGUGGGAUAUGCGCGCGGCGAAGAGCCUCUAUACCGUGCCGGCGCAUACGAAUCUUGUCAGCCAGGCGGAUAUUAUGAGGGUUGAUGGGGAUGAUGGUGAUGCCGCAAAACUCACGCGUGUAGAAUCAAAUGGGGCGGCGCCGAUGGAAGUCGAGAGUGAGAUCACGACAAAAGUCGAAGGCGAUGCGGACACGGCGGGUGCGGGGGCUGCAGGAGGUGUGAGCGCGGCGACGAGACGGCAACUCCUUGAUGGAUCGUUCCUCGUGUCGAGUUCGUAUGAUGGGACGUGUAAAGUAUGGACGGAUGGUGACUAUAAGCCGGUCAAGGCGCUGACGGGGUUGGAGGGCAAGGUGAUGGCUUGUGAUAUCUCUGGUGGUGAGUACCUAUGCAUCUUUUCUCGUCCUUGGUAGUGGAAUCUGAGUGUAAACGGUUCCCAUUUCAUAGACGCAAAGUUCAUCGCGACGGCAUCGUACGAUCGCACGUUCAAACUUUACGCCACCGAAAAUGUCGAGACAUAGAUCACGACGAGCUGUGACGCACUGGAUGCUUGAUAGCCCGGUAGUCCGUAGCUGUAUCCUAGCCCCCAUCGAGUUACAUUUCCCCGUAUUUCCAUCUCGCUACUGGUGCUGUAUCCUUUGUGCUUAUCGUCCGUACAUCACGCAGCCCAUCCUCAAUCAUCCAAAGCCCAUGCUGGAUCACUUGCAUUGCGACCGCACGAAUUAUGUCGCGGAGGGCAGAACUGCCGUGGAUGUCAGAUAUGCAACGGCGACUAUAGAUAUGCUAUUCAAAAUUUAAGGCAAUACGGUAUACCGAAUUGGUGCAGUAUGUAGAAUGGAUAUGG